ACAUCCUCCCCCACUUGAGAGAUUUGAUGAAAUUGGAUUGUUCCUCAGCUCCUUGACAAUCUCGUUGAUUCUUGAAACAAAAAAUAUGUUAGCCUUCACUAGCGUUGCGAACUGUAGAUGGUUAGGAUCUCAGCCAAGUUCUGUAGAAACCUUUUUUUCUGUACAACCCUGCUUUCCUUGUGUCAACGCUUCAAAAAGAAUCUUGAUGACUUAUAGUCCGUAUUCGAUAACUACUGAUAAGUCUGAGGGACAUAUCGUUCCUGGAACGUUUUCAAGAUUUGAGUUUCUCGAGGGUCGUGUCACUACUCCUACAGUUUUAGACCCAAGUUUAUUGGACUUUACAGUUUCUAACGUCGCAGAUGCUGCCUUUGGUGAAUGGAGAGCAUUAUCUGCUUCAAGUAGAGCCAAAGAACUGGAGAAGCGACGUAAUGUUUCGAAGGCUACAAUAGAAAGCCUCAAGGCAGUACCUUCAGAAAAGUCGAAAUUGACUCUGUUCGGGCAAUAUGACGAGGUUUAUCGACGAAAUUUAAAGAUAUUCAAUGAAACUGGUGACAGUGUUGGAAAGUUUACUUUUUAUCUGUUAUCCUCUUUGGAACUGACUUUUUCUGUUUAGGAGCCUUGCAGUUUAUGAAAAAAUA